UCCGGCGCUUGGCCCGGUACCAGUCCUUAUCAUGGGUCUUCAACCGGAGAAGCGAGGCAUCGAGUAUACUGACUUCGCCGAUAGCAACCCGUAUGCGCGUUUCAAGUCGGCGCGUACCAGCUACGGGCAGCGCUUUGGUGAGGAAACAGCCUAUGUACCUCUAGACCAAGCAUCGCAAUCCUUCCCAGGGAACGAAGAGGAUGAUGAUGAUGAUGCCCAGGCUGCCGAUCUGGUUCAAAGCAGUCAAGAUGUAGAGGAAUCCGGUUCAUUGCUGCAUUACGGCGACCUAAACACGAAGAUUGUGGGCGUGCGCUACUACAGAGGGCAUGCCACCAUUGGGGAGCAUGUCAUCAUCAAACGAGAGCCUUCGAAUCAGUACGAUAGAAACGCGAUUCGAGUCGAUAACGUGAUGGGCAACCAGAUUGGUCAUAUUCCGAGAACCAUGGCAGCCAAGUUGGCAAAGUAUCUGGAUGAGCGGUCUUUGCUCGUUGAAGGCAUGCUGACAGGUGUCAUUGGCGCUUAUGACUGUCCCGUCGUGCUGAGACUCUAUGGCACGGCUAACCCUGAGCUCAAACGCGCUCUCAAAAACAGCAUGGAAGCGGACAGGCUGCCUCUGAAUGCCAUUAGACAAAGAGAGCGUGAGGAUGCUAAACGACAGAAGGAGCGUGAGAAGGCCGAGAAGCAAGCGGCCAAGCUGGCUCGUGCCAUGGCAAAGAGCAGAAAGGAUGAGGAGUGGCAGCUUUCAAGUAAUAUGGGCUACUCAAAUCUCUACUCCGGGGAAGGUGACCUGGAUCUUGAGAACCAGGAAAGCCUUGAAGAGCUCAUUGGACAAAGCAGUACCUUCAACCCUCGCGAUAUCGGCCAAGUGAAUGAAGAUUUUGGCAUCAAAGAAGCUGAUUUAGAAAUGAUGCCCAUGGCCGAAGAUCCAGAUGCUCUCGCGACACAGCUUCUACCGUAUCAGCGCCAGGGGUUGGCUUGGAUGAUUGCUCAGGAGAACCCGGUACUUCCUGCAGCUGGUUCUGCGGAGGUUGUGCAGUUGUGGAAGAGAAAUGGCAACAAAUUCACCAACAUCGCUACCAAUUACUCUACCUCACAGGCGCCGCCUCUGGCUAGUGGUGGUAUCCUGGCCGAUGACAUGGGUCUUGGCAAAACGAUUCAGAUCAUCGCUUUGAUCCUCGCAAACCCCCAGCCCAAGACUCCAGCCUCUUCUAAGACCACCUUGAUCAUCUCGCCAGUAGGUGUGAUGAGCAACUGGAAGAACCAAGCACAGGAUCACACUCAUAGCGACCGAGCCCCUAAGGUGCAUGUCUAUCAUGGACAAGGGAAGAAGGAGGCCGCCAAUCUCGAUCAGUAUGAUAUUGUCAUCACAAGCUAUGGCGCUUUGGCUAUGGAGUACAACCCGAACGCCAAAGUGCCUCCGAAGAAAGGGCUAUUCUCGCUCCAAUGGCGUCGUGUGGUUCUUGACGAGGGACAUACAAUUCGCAAUCCACGAUCUAAAGGUUCUAUCGCAGCUUGUAACCUGAGGGCAGACUCGCGCUGGACGCUUACAGGAACCCCUAUCGUGAACGCUCUCAAGGACCUUUACUCUCAAGUUCGCUUUCUCCGACUCACCGGUGGCCUCGAGGACAUGUCUGUGUUCAACAGCGUUCUCGUUCGGCCUCUUAUGUCAGAAGAUCCCAAUUCUCGUUUGCUACUACAGGCUCUGAUGAGCACCCUCUGCUUGCGUCGUCGGAAGGACAUGAACUUCGUGAAUUUGCGGCUUCCUCCGCUCACGUCUCGAGUCCUACGUAUCAAAUUCCAUCCGCAUGAGCAAGAGAAAUAUGAUAUGUUCCAAUCCGAGGCGCAAGGCAUGCUCAUAGAUUUCAAAUCCAAAGACAAAGGUGGCGCCACAUAUUCUCACCUUCUCGAAGUCAUCCUCCGUCUGCGACAAGUCUGCAACCACUGGGCACUUUGCAAGAACCGCAUUGACAAGCUAGCGGAGUUCCUCGAGAAGAACAAGAUUGUUCCGUUGACUCCGGAGAACAUCAAAGCGCUUCAAGACAUCCUACAAAUCCGCAUUGAAAGUCAGGAUUCCUGCCCCAUCUGCCUCGACCCCAUACAGCAGGAACAACCCGUGAUCACCACCUGCGCGCACGCCUUUUGUCGGAAGUGCAUCGAAGAAGUGAUCGACCGCCAACACAAGUGCCCCAUGUGUCGCGCCGACAUCGAAGACACAACCACGCUCGUCUCCCCGGCCGCGGAAAUGGGUGAGAGCACGGACACCGUCGUCGCCGACCCCGACAACCCCAGCAGCAAGAUCGAGGCCCUGGUCAAGAUCCUAACCGCGAAGGGCCAAACUGCCGACACCAAGACCGUCGUCUUCAGCCAGUGGACCUCGUUCCUGGAUCUGGUGGAGCCCCACCUCCAACGCCACGGGAUCGGCUUCGCGCGCAUCGACGGCAAGAUGAACUCCCUCGCCCGCGACAACUCCACAACCCGCUUCUCCACCGACCCCGAAUGCACCGUCCUGCUCGCCAGUCUGAGCGUCUGCAGCGUCGGUCUGAACCUUGUUGCCGCCAACCAGGCCAUCCUCGCCGACAGUUGGUGGGCGCCUGCCAUCGAAGACCAGGCCGUGGACCGUGUCUACCGGCUGGGUCAGAAGCGUGAGACCACGGUCUGGCGGCUCGUCAUGGAGGACAGUAUCGAGGACCGUGUGCUGGCGAUCCAGGACACGAAGCGUAAGCUGAUGCUGGCGGCGUUCCGUGAGACGUCCACGAAGAAGAAGCUCGAUGAUAAGGCCACCAGGGUGUCGGACUUGGAGUCGCUUCUGAAGUCGUGAAAGGGUGUUAUACUGUACUGCCACAUGACUGUUCAAGACUCAGUGCUCUGCCGCGGAAUAGAGGAUUGUAGGUAACCAUAUCCGGUUUCCGUGUAGCCUGUUAGUGUUAUUAUUAGCCAGCCAGCUUUGCGGACUUACCUUUG